AUGGGAUCGCCUUGCAGUCCUAUAUUGGCAGAACUAGUCAUGCACGAUUCAAUUAAUGAUUUACUUUUUACAAGCCCCAUUCCAAUUGCAUAUUUUAAAAUUUACGUAGAUGAUAUUAUAGCUUGUGUUCCAAAAAACAAUACCAAGGAUAUUUUACAACUUCUAAACUCAUUUGAUGAUCACAUUAAUCUUACAAUAGAAGAACCCAAGAAUAAUUCUAUUAACUUUCUAGAUACAACUUUACAUUGGGAUAGCUCAGGUGUCGUCUUUUCCUUGGUUGACCGUGCCAUUAAAUUAUCUGAUGAUUCUUUUCACAAACAAAAUUUAAAAAAAGUUUCUAUUAUUUUACAGGCUAACAACUAUCCGAUAGAAUUUAUUGCUAAAUACACAAAAGUUCGUUUGAAAAAAAUUAAAUUCCAAUCUACGGGCGAAACCAAAUGUGAUAAUGUGAAUUUCUUACCUAAAGAUUUUGUAGUGUUACCAUACAUAAAAGACUGUGAUAAAAUUUUUAGAAAAGGAAAAGAUAGCGUUGACACCAUCGACAAAGUGUGUUCCGUUAAUGGUUUCAAGUGUAAAAAUUGUGAUAAACAUUAUGUGGGACAAACUAGUAGAACUGUUGAUACUCGAACGAAAGAACAUGAACGCGAUUGUAUCAACGAGAAAGAUUCGUCUGUAGUGUAUACACAUAUGAGAGAUUACGGCCACACUUUCAACUUCGAUUCAGUACAAGUACUCGACCAAGAAAUUUGUUAUUACAGACGUUUAAUAUCAGAAAUUGUAGACAUCACUAAGUUAAAUACU